AUGUCAUCAAGCAGCCUGCUCCAUGGCGGUACGACGGCCCUCGCCGCGCUCACGACCAUAUUCACACCACCUCCCAACUGCGCCACGAGCACAUGGCUGUUGACCACCACCGAAGCACCUUCCGAGUACCCUCCCUUCCCAACUGAAGGGCCAUCGUCCUGCAAUAUCCCGAGAUGGGAAGACAACAUUGACGAAGGCUCAUACGAGUUCUAUUCACCUGCUGUCUGCCCAUCUGGCUUCGUCGUGGGUCCUUCCUGCAAAUCUGGACAGGUCAAGACUUCUGAUGACUUCCCCAAAGUCGAGGCUGGAGAGACGGUAGCCUUUUGUGUGCCGAGUGGUUACACUUGUACUGGCGACGCGACAGAUGGUGGGGUGUGGGGUAUGAUCCAGACUGGAGCGGGUGCUACACAGGUCACAGUAGCACCGGCCAUCCAGAUCCGAUGGAGAGAUUUCGACCUGACUUUGUUUCCAACGCACCCGCUGAGCCCCGGGGUCACGAUCGGCGUCGGCCCGCAAUCAACACCAGCUCCUCUUUCAACUCCCCGUACUACCGGGCCCGCGGGUGGUAACGGUGUUAUCGUGGUGACUCUGCCAAAUCCUGCACGAUCUACGCUGCUCACUUCGACGACUGGCACGAGCGCCGCCACAACACCGCCCAUCGCCAACCCAAACAGUGCUUCACAGCAGCGCGUACCAGAUGAGGAGGCUACGUCACCUGCCAGAACCGCCCGUCCGGAUUCGGCGACGGUGACGACUGUGGUAUCAGCUGGACGCAGCAGUCAGUCCACAGACCUAACAAAGGCAUCUCCCCUGGAGUCGACAGAUUCACAUGGACUACCGCUCGGUCCGAUAAUUCUGGCUUGCCUAAUCAGCGUGCUCAUCUUUGGUGCAAGCGUUUUCUUCUUUUCCAAACGGCGACGAGACAGAAGGGAUGGGCCAGGGGCACAGCCAUCUCUGCUGCCGGUCGGUGUAGGAGUGUGGGUAGGAAGCAGUCACGGUAGUGAAAGCAGAAGGACAAAGAGUUCAAAACCAAAAAUGUGGAGAACAUGGGUCACAGCUCUGCGCAACAAGUCGAAUCGACAAGGUGGCGGCGGCUGGCCGACUGAUGAGAGGGCAGCCAACGACGCGAAAACAGAAAAGUCGAGAUUAAAGGAUACCAUGGGUUGGGCCGGCUGUCCGGCAGCAGGAACGCCUGGUUCCAAGGAAAACCCAGCCGAGCUGGAGCAGCUCGGCAAUGGGAAUGACUCUGAGGAACAGCAGAGAUGGAGCUGGGUGUCCAGAAUGUUCAGCAUACGAGCUUCGCGAGAGGGCGGACAGGACGAAGACGAUUUCAAGUCUAGUGUUAUGAGCAGCAGGAGGACGACAAGAUCCUCCCGCUGGACGGUAUCGGAUGCCGAAGGUAUGAUUGGCGAACGGCAACACAACUUGACCGCCCCGGGGGCGUUGUGGCCGCCCGUGCCUGCGGUGCCGAGGCUGCCAACACCACUACCUGCGGUGCUCAUCAGCAGACCAACGAGCCCAACGUUGACGUUGAGGCCAUUGACUGCCCGCAGUGCCUUCACUGUGAGGACUGAGACGACGGAAAUGAGUGAGACAUUCGAGGAGAAUGACAUGCUGAGUCGGUUAUCCCCAACGCGUAUCUCAUACUACACAGGAGCUGGCGGUCUACUAUCGCCCAGAGAGUCGUCGCGGAGACUGAGCCACAUAAGUGGCGGUACCUUUGGACCAGGUGGUGGUAGUAGAAGUAGUAGAAAUAGCCAUAGUCGCUCGUCCCGGGCAACUCCAGAAUCUUAA